AUGGAUGAUGACAGCUUCAGCAAGGAGUGCUCCUUUGACCAUAUUGAUACUAUAAUGAAGUCUCUCCAGCUCGUGAUCUCCAUACCUACCUUCAUUGUUGGUUUGAUUCUGAAUUUGAUAGCCCUCUGGGUGUUCUACUCUUGGAAGAAACAGACAGAAUCCUCAAUCUACAUGAUAAACCUUGCUCUUGCGGAUCUGCUUCUUCUUUUCUCACUUCCUUUCAAGAUGUACUAUUCCAGAAAAGAGCAGCAGAGACUCUUAUGCAAAUUUAUAGAGGCUCUCUACUUCGUCAAUAUGUAUGGGAGUAUUUUCAUCAUUGUCUGUAUUAGCUUGGACAGAUAUAUUGCUAUAAGGCACCCACUCAAAGCCAGAGCUUUCCGAUCCCCCAAACAGGCAAUCAUGGUAUGCUGUUGCAUUUGGGUUAUAGUUUGGCUUAGCAGCAUCCCCAUCUAUGACUUCCACAACAAUGACAAAGUCAAGUGCUUCCACAAUAUGUCAGAACAGGCGUGGAGCAUUCCCAUCAUCCUUUCUGUUGAAGUCUUUGGAUUUCUCAUCCCUUUGACUCUGAUGGUUUAUUGCUCUGUUCAGAUCAUCCAGACUCUUUGGAGGCGUAAAAACCAGGAGCAGAAGUGGGUUGAGCAAGUUGCCUCUAUAUGGAUCAUUUUAGCCAACCUCAUGGUGUUUGUUGUCUCCUUUACACCAUUCCAUCUCGGGAUCUUUCUACAGUUCCUGGUAAGACAGGGCAUCAUUGUGGACUGCACUGUGAAACAAAGCAUUAGUCUCUUCAUACAAGUGGCAAUGUGUUUAGCUAAUGUCAACUGCUGCCUGGAUGCCAUCUGUUACUACUUUGCCACAGAAGAAUUUCGCAAGAAAUCUAUUUCUGCCACUCCAGCUAGUGCUUUGAUUGAACUGCGUAAACUAUAG